UUUUCAUGGUGUUAGUUCGGCUCAGGACAGGUAUGCAAGGGCAAGAACUGGCCAGGAAUUUCCUGAUGUCAGAAAGUCUAGUUAGCCGCACUUUUUUCACAUGGAUUAACUUUUUACAACGAGAGCUUCGGCACUUGACACCCUUACCUACUUUAGAUGACAUAAGAUCCCACCUACCGAAGUGCAUCUCUGAUUUUCCCGACACCCGUCUUGUUCUCGAUGCCACAGAGGUGAGAAUACAGAGGCCUUCGUCAUUGAGCGCACAGCGCCAUACCUUCUCACCAUACAAGCAUUACAACACGUACAAGGCGCUUAUUGGAUGUACACCAGAUGGAUACAUCACUUAUGUGUCUCGCCUCUGGGGAGGCUCUAGCUCGGAUAAAGCAAUCUUGGAAAGUAGUGGUCUUCUUGACAAGCUGGAGCCAGGAGAUGCAAUAAUGGUUGAUAAAGGUUUUACAUUUCCUUACUUGGCAGCAGGUAUAACAGUUUAUCGGCCUCCAUUUCGAGAGCCUCACCAAAAGCAGAUGCCUGCAAAUAAAGUUGACGAAACCAGGCGCAUCGCUCCUGCAAGGUUGCACGUUGAAAGAGCCAUUGCAAGAGCUAAAAGCUUUCAUAUCUUGGAUAGGCCCUUUCCUAUCGCCAUGAUAGACAUAGCUGAGCAGGUUUUUGAAGUUUGUUGCCUCUUGAGCAACUACAGGCUGCCUUUGAUUCGAGAGGUAGAUUAGGAUUUGCAAGAGCACGAGCAUAGUUUUCAAAAGGAAGCCAAGUUUGAAAUUGGCCUGAGCUGGCUAGAGUUAGGAAAUGAUUUGGUGGCUGCAGCCAAGGCAGUAACAGAAGUCAGCUGUUUUUGGAAUGAUGUGCCAUUUUGAAUGUUUUACCAAACUUGCUGUAACCAAUAAAUGUAACUAUGAAACGUUUUUCAAUCAAUCUUGUUAUAUCACAGUAGCUAUAUUCACCUUUGUGCUGAAUAGACCCACGCUACUGAAGCCCCAUAUAGUUGGAAUUUAUCUCCCGCUUUCCCCGACAGCUUUCAGAAGCCACGUCAAGCCCCAUUUGCCUUACUCUAAGUCGCAAAUAACGAAACAGGUUGUUUGCCUGUGUUACACUGUCCCAUCUUACAUAAGUCACAAUAAGCCUUUGUUACUUAGUUACUUUCAGACUAUAAGAGCCAUGCAUUGGUUUCACAAGUAUAGCUGAACAGUCUACACAUGAUUAUGCCACGAUUUCCAUGAAAUUCACAGAGUUUUGCAGUGCACUCCUUGAGAAGUUAACUGAAAAAAAAAGCGCGAGACUGUUUCUCCCCAGAAGAGAGCGAUUAUAAAUAAAGUGAGGCGUCCUACUUCAAUUUUUUUAUUUUGAUGCUUAGGCCAUCUAGACGCGUGAAGACAUAAAAUCCAGCCUUGAAUUUUUUGAAAGACACGAAUGUUUCAGACGUGUAAAGCCGCCCAAGCCUUUUGACACGCCGUGUCAAGAUUUCGGGUACAAGUGCAUGCUUAGUGAAGUGCAAGAGUCCUGGCAGUACUUCCUGAGCUCAGAAUUUUUCGCAGAACUCUAUCCUUUCAACAUGGAGAUGUGGGGGGUCUCCUGGUGCGUUUCCCUCAGUCCAUAUGACAAAAUCGCACCAGUUAUAGCCCGUUACUGCCAUCUGGCCUUGCACCUGAUAGAAAUAGGCGUGGUCCCGCUUCAGCUCCGCACCUUUUUCGGUGAGUCUGCAGCAGAAGUUUCUGUCACUGCAGGCGUCCUCACACGUCAUCCCUUUUUUUGAAAAAGGGCAUUUCACUUCUAGUAGGCCUUCUUUUCCAUCUACAACAACAAUUAUGUCUGGUGAAGCAGCUAAGAAGGGGUACUGGCAGUGGACGCGAAGUCCAGUUUCCUGGACUGCCACGCUCGAGUCUCUGGCCUGCAACAGUUUCACAUAAGCAGCUACGGCAUCUGCUUCGUGCUGUCUGCCAUAUACGAUUGCUUCGGAAGUGGCUCUGUCCCAAGGGUACAGUAGUGCCUUUAGCAAACUGUCCGGUUUUGUACACCGGCAGAUCCUUUUAAACAUCGAUGCUGUUAGCCGUCCAACCCGUUCUGCAUGCCACUUCUUGUUAGAUGCUUGGCCGACUGUUUGAUUGCAUAUCAGAUCCCUCUCUGUCUGGCUUAGUGGCUUCAUUGUUUUCAUGUACGAUUGUACCUCAGUUGCUGCAGCCUCGCUCUAGAGGUCAUCGCUGUCCUCUAUGGGCUUCUUUAUGUUGCAUGGUGGCUUUGGCUUGGCUUUAUCGUGGCACAUGUAUCACAGAGCAUGCAGAUCGGGACAGGCGGUUGCCAGCUUAUCCCUCAGUGACUGAAUGGCAUGUGGACUAAAAAGUGGGCCAUCAGCACAGGGGUCAUAAUCGCGCUUCCGUUUCCCAUGUGUAGGCUUGUUUAUGAAAUACUUUUGGAAUCUGAUUUCACCCAGAGGCUUUCUUGCCACUGGUUUCUUUGCUGCAAGUAAACAGAAAAUAGGGUACUUCAGUUAUGCUGCUAAAGAGAGCACACAUGUGAGUGAUAAGUACAUUUGUGUUGAGAAAGGGAGCAUAUGCACGUGCACAAGCAUGGCUGUUCAACACAUGAGGAAGUGUGUUUGUUCGUGUACUGUGCUUUGUGGUGUGCAAAUGAUGUAACACUGUUUAUUAAUAAACUGGCAUGACUGAGCAAGCAGUCAUGAAAAUGCAA